CUCAAUCUCCUUCAAAUAAUAUCUAAUUAAACCCAGAAAAUAAAUCCUCAUCAAUCAAUAUCCAUAUUCUCAGUUUUCACUUCUCUCUAAAAACAAAAAAAUCGCUCUCAUCAAUGGCGGCUCAUUCCAACAGUUCCCUCUCUCCACUCUCUUCCAAACCCAUUAAUCCAAAUCCAAGAAACCCCGAAACCAAUUCAACAAUUCGCAGAAGCUUCACUGCUACCAACAAACCCUCGCCUCUCAUUAAUCAGAGACGCCUCGAUCCGUUCACACCUGCUAAUAGCCCUUCAGAAUUUGGGGGAAGAAGAUGUGUGGAUAGAGAUUGCGAAGAGAAAGAGAAUGGUGAAAAAGACUGCAUUUUGAAAGCUUCGAAAUUGCAAUCUCCGGCGAAGGGUUGCAAGAAUUUCAUCGCGCCCACGAUUUCUGCGGCCUCGAAGUUCACUCCUUCGCCGAGGAAGAAGGUUUUGGUGGAUAGGAACGAGCCUGUUCGGACCUCCAUCUCGUUCUCAGAUGGAAAGGCCAUGUUUUUCUCUAAUGAGAAUAUGUCAGCUUCUGUUGUUGAGACUCAUCCGGUUUCGAAGCCUUGCAAGAAGGUGACUUUUUCGGAUGAAUCAGUGAUUACUGAUUCUGAUGGUGUGGGAGUGGAGUCGAAGGUUGUUCAGUCUCCCAUUGAUGUUGAUCCGUGUCUCCCGCCUUAUGAUCCGAAAACCAACUACUUGUCUCCGAGGCCUCAGUUUAUUCGUUACAAGCCAAAUCCCAUAGUUGAGAUGCUCUUGAACAAGGAAAAGGGGAUGGAUUCGGAUGAAUUUGAAUAUAGCCUAAUGGCAGAGAUGUUGUCCGUGGGCUCUUCAGACUCUGAUGAGGCCUCAGCUGAUAUGGUGGUUGGAUUGGAUGAAGAGAUGGAAGCUGUUGAUCAUGUCUUAGACUCGCCUUCUUUGGUAUUGCCAAUUGUUACAGCUCCGGCUGAUCAAAUCUUGGAGGAGGAACUUGUUGGGAGUGAUGGGAAGAAGGCAAUUGAUCAUGUGUCUGAGCUGCCUUCUUUGGCAUUGCCGGUUCGUACAGCUCCAGCUGAUGAAAUCUUGAAGGAGGAAUUGGUUGGGAGUGAUGGAAAGAAGCCGAGGAGGGUGGCUAGAUUGAAGUGUUUUUUCACUAUGGUUCUUGUAUUGUUGGUAGCAGCUGGUGCGUCGGUUUCUGUGACGAGCACUCCUUCAUUUGAUGAGUCGUUGUUGUUCAUUAAGGACCCGAGCUUGUCUGAUUUGAGUUGUAGCAGCUUGUACGAGCAAUCAAGAGCUGUUGUUGCCUCUGCAAGGUCGAGUCUAGGCUGUGUAGCGGCUAGUUCUGCAGCUCUAGUGUUCAAGCUAGCUAACGAGCUGGUUGAAGGCGAGAAACAAGCUCCCGUGCAGUUCAUGAACCUGUCUGAUCUGCAAGAGAAUGCUUGGAAGGAGGCAUAUUUUCUGAAACAAGUGGAGAGCGUUGAAGAGGACGAGUUUGAAGAGGAUUUGGACAGUGAAAUGGAAGAUGAAGCCUAUGCAGAUGAGGAGAUUGAUCUUGAAGCUGAAAUUGAUGCAUUUGAAGAGAUGGAUCAAUCAGCUGACUGGGAUGAUUACACUGAGAAGGAAAUUGAUGAAACCAUUGCAGAAACUGCUUCUGAUACUGUGAUUCAAACAGAGAUGGAUCAAUCAGCUCCUGUUUCUCUCAAUCAAGAAACUGAUGUGGAAACUGCAAUAGAAACUUCUCCUGAUUCUGCUCACAUGGAAUCUGAAUCUAUGCAAAAUAUCCAGAUUCAUACAGACAUGGAUCAAUCAUCUGCUGAUCCUCAAAAUCAAGAAACUGAAGUGGAAGCUGAAAUGGAAAUGGAGAAAUCACAAGUUGACAUCAACGUUGUAGCUUCUGAUAAUGUUGAGAUGGAAUCAAGUGUUAUAGCGUUGGCAAUUACUUUUUUGUUGGCAGGUGUGGUUGGAGUUGCGGUCUUAGUGUACAAGAGGUUUCCCGGCUCCUCACCUAACGUUGUGCAAGUGGAGCAAGUCGUGCCAGUUGAGAGCAACAACGGGAUGAAGGGGUUGCUAAAAGCAGCAACACUGAGGCUAUGGAGCAAGAGGAGGAAUAUUAUUCAGAGAGUUGGCAAACGGAAAUGAGCAGCAGCUAUCAUGAGAGGAGUGGUGGAGGAGGCGAAGUAGUGAGCUCGGAGAGGAAGGCUAGAAGGUAUUCGAAGAGGGAAUCGUUGGCUUCAUCCUCGGGGUCGCCUUCUUAUGGAAGCUUCACCACUUAUGAGAGGAUUCCCCCCAAGGCUAAUGGCUAUGGAGAGGAGGAGAUAAUGACUCCGGUUAGGCGAUCCAGCCGGAUUAGGAAGAAGGUCACCUAAGUGUUCUGCAUUAGAAGUAGAAAUACAAGUAGAAGUAUAAAUAGAAUUGUAGAGAAGUAGCAGUGUUGUGCAACACAUCUCUGAUGUGAAAACAGAAAUAGUCUAGUUUCAAAGUAAUGCCUUUGUACUGUGAAUUAGACCAUAUAGUCUAAGUCUACUAUUUUCAAGUUGGCUACAUUUAUAUUAUUCCGUAUGUUUCAUAAAA